CUCCAGAAAAUUUCGGGUUGCGACUAGAGACACCACCACACCCGUUCACAAUGGGCCCGAUAAAACGAAAAGCCGAGCAAGGCAGCUCGACUAAAAAAGAGAAAGGAACCGCGACCGAUCGCUCUGCAAAACGCCAACGAAAGUCUGAUGCUACCGCCGAGAAUGCACCUGCACCGUCCCAAGUGAAGCCGGAGAGCUCGAGCCAGAAGAGUGUUUUCAAGGACGAAGAAAAAUCUUUCCCUCGAGGUGGCGCCAGCGUUCUUACUCCCUUGGAACAUAAACAAAUCCAAAUCAAAGCCAACCAGGAUGUUCUGUUCGAGCAGGCGGGGCUUAAACGCAGCGGCGACGAUGAUCUGAGUGACCAAGGCUCCGACAAUGGGGGAGACGAUGCGCCGAAAACUUCCAAGAAGCGCAAAUCGAAGAAGAACAAAUCCGCGCAGGACGACGCUGUUAAAGAACACAAGAUCAAGGCAGACGGCUUGAGCUUGAAGAACCUUGCUAUAGGCACCCUUGUUCUCGGCCAGGUCGUUGAAGUCACCCCGCAAGACGUUGUGCUCGCUCUACCCAACAAUCUCCUUGGGUAUGCGCCCAUUACCGCCAUCUCGGACAAACUGAACGAGCGCAUCGAGAAGCUGCUCAAAGAGGAGGAGGGCGAGGAGAAUGAAGAGGAUCCAGACUUCGAGGAUGUUGCUUUAACAGACAUGUUCACGGUUGGCCAGUACCUCCGGGCUUGUGUCACGUCAACUUCUGAUGAUUCUGGCUCCCGUGCUGCGACCAAAUCAAAGCGGAGGAUAGAAUUGUCCCUACACCCAAAUAUGGUCAAUCGAGGAAUUUCUAAAUCCAACUUGGUCGCAAAUACCAUGAUCCAAGCCUCAGUGAUCAGCAACGAGGACCAUGGCUUGGUCAUGGAUUUGGGAGUUGACGAGCCAGAGUUGAAGGGCUUUCUCGGCAAGAAAGAUUUGGCUUCCACUGUCGACCAUUCCAAAGUUCAGGAAGGUGCUGUAUUCAUGUGUCAGGUCUCUGGGCUAGGUGCAGACGGGAGAGUGGUCAAACUGUGCGCAGAUCCCCUGAAAGUCGGAAACCUCAAGAAGGGCAACAUGCUUACUGAAGCGCCUACGAUCGAUGUGUUCCUUCCCGGCACGGCCGUCGACCUGCUCAUUACCGACCUUUCGCCCAGCACAAUCACCGGAAAGCUCCUUGGUUUGGUCGAUGCUACUGCCGAUGUCAUCCACUCGGGUGCCGCGGAGAAGGCGACAGAUCUCACCGAGAAGUAUCAAGCCGGAAACAAGAUCAAAGCAAGAAUCAUAUUCACCUACGAGGAUUCGGAUACCAAGCGAUUCGGUAUGUCUGUCUUGGAUCAUGUACUGUCCUUAUCCAAUAAGAUGUCCGGUAAACCCAAGGACAGGAAACUUCCGCUGGAUGUGGCUCCCAUAUCAUCCCUUAUCCAAGAAGCCAAGGUCAUCAAAGUUGAGCCAGUCUUGGGCGCAUUCUUUGAGAUGGGAAUUCGUGACGUGGUCGGCUUUGCGCACGUUUCUAAGCUUGCUGAUGAUCGAGUCGAUACCCCUUCGGAGCUUUCUGGCCCAUUCCAAUUAGCCUCGAAACACAAAGCUCGUGUCAUUGGGUAUAAUACGUUGGAUGGCAUGUUCCAGCUCUCUUUGCAGCAGAAGGUGCUGGACCAACCAUUUCUGCGCAUCGAGGAUAUCAAGCUCGGAUCAAUCGUCAAAGGCAAAGUCAGCAAGCUUAUAGCAGAUAAGAGCGGAUCAACUGCUGUUAUUGUUCAACUUGCGGACGGAAUCAGCGGCUUUGUGAACGAGACCCAUCUCGCAGACGUCCGACUGCAGCACCCGGAACGAAAAUUCAGAGAGGGAGCCUCCGUAAACGCCCGUGUCUUGUCAACCAACACCGAGAAACACCAAGUCAUUCUCACGCUCAAAAAAUCGCUUGUCAACUCUGAUGUAGAGCCUUGGCACGACAUGUCCAAGCUUUCGCAAGGUGCAUCUAGCCCGGGUACGCUUGUAGAUGUAAAGCCUUCCGGUGCAUUAGUUCAAUUUUACGGCAACUUGAAAGCUUGGUUACCAGCAGCAGAGAUGAGCGAGGCCUUCAUUGCCGAUGCAACGCGUCAUUUUACAAAGGGUCAAACAGUCACCGUCCGCAUCAUAUCUUUGAAUCAGGAAGAGGAUCGUAUGGUGGUUUCGUGCAAAGACCCCACGGCUGUCGAUGCUGGCAAGGAAGCUCAUUUCCAGUCCCUCAAUCUAGGAGACGUUGUGAAGGGCUCAGUGGUGGAGAAGGGGGAAGAAAGUGCUACUGUAGAUCUGGGCCAUGGCGUGAAGGGUAUACUUCGGAUUGGCCAGUUGACCGAUGGAUCUGAGAAGAAAGACCGAUCCACUUUCGCCCGUAUACGUGUCGGUGGCACGUUGGAUGAUCUGGUCGUUCUCUACAAACAUGCAAAGUCCCGUACUGUCGUUCUUACGAACAAACCUAGUCUUCGGAAAGAUGCACAAGCAGGACUUCUGAUCAAACAAUUCGAAGACGUCAAACCCGGCAACACGGUUCACGGAUUCGUCCGAGCGAUCAUGCCUGACAAGAUUUUCAUCGAAUUCGGUGGCAACGUAAGCGCUGCUCUUUUCAAGUCGCAACUCACCGACGAAAUGCUUGCGGCUCUCAACUUUGGUCUACGCAAAGAUCAGUCACUCACAGCACGAGUAACACACGUUGAUUCUGGCAAGAGGCUUUUUUGGCUCUCUAUGAGGGACGAUGAGGUAGUCAAGGAAGAGAAGAAGGCAAAGUCUACGGCGGCGGCGGAAGAUCUGGUCAACCCGAUCGAUGACAAGAUCAACAGCACUGCUGACCUAGAGUUCGGUACCACUUUGUCUGUUCGAGUACGAUCCGCCAAAAGCACGCAAGUGAACGUACGCAUCUCGGACAAUGUUGGGGGUCGAAUUCACGUUGCCGAAUUAUUCGACAGCUGGGACGACAUCAAAGACAAGAAAGAUCCCACUGGUCAAUUCAAUACUGGCGACAUUCUCCAGGUGAAGGUUAUUGGCGUGCAUGAUGCGAGAAACUUCCGAUUCCUUCCUAUCAGCCAUCGACAGGGUAAAAACCAGCUCUACGAGCUUACCAAGAAGACUGGUACCACAAGCGAAGCCGAUUUGUUGACCACGGAAAAAAUCAAAGAGGGGGAUUCCUUCGUCGCCUACAUCAAUAACAUCGCGGAACGAUACGUUUGGGUCAACGUCUCUUCCAAUGUUCGGGGCCGCAUUGACUUCCUCGACCUCACCGACGAUCUCUCUCUGCUUGGCAAUGUUUCGGAAAACUUCCCCGAAGGCUCUGCACUGAAAGUACGUGUCAAGGCAGUCGACCCAGCCACCGGUCGACUCAGCUUCACUGCAGCAACCAACCCUUCAGCCCAGUCCCUUACCAUUAAAGAUCUAAGGGAAGGUUUGGUCUUGCCAGCCCGUGUAACGAAGCUCCACGAUUCGCACAUUGUUGUCCAGAUUAACGAGCAUAUUGCUGGCCCCAUAUACUUCGAGCAGCUAGCCGAUGACUAUGAGAAAGCGAUACCUUCUGACUUUAAGGUUGGGGAAAUCAUUCGUGUUUGCGUCGUUCACAUCGACGCCCCUAACAAAAAGGUCACGCUGUCAGCUCGUCCUUCUCGUACACUCAGUUCGUCCCUGCCGGUCAAAGAUCCCGAAAUCAAAGGAAAAGCAGAUCUGAAGGUCGGCCAAGUCGUUCGAGGAUUCGUCAAGAGUAUCUCUGACAAUGCCGUCUAUGUUCGUCUAGGGACCCAGAUCGAUGCAAUGGUUCGCGUGGCUCAUUUGUCCGAUGACUAUCUGAAAGAUUGGAAGGACUCAUUUGAGGUGGACCAACUGGUGACCGGAAAGAUCAUUUCAAACGACAAGGACCAGAAGAACCCUCAAAUGAGUUUCAAGAAAUCGGUUAUUAAAGGCGAUUACGUCAAGCCUAUUACCUUCAAAGACGUCAAGGCAGGAGAAGUCAUUACUGCCAAGGUACGCCAUGUAGAAGAUUACGGGGUGUUCCUCGUGAUAGACAACUCGGAGAACGUUAGCGGCAUUUGCCACAUAUCGCAAUUGGCAGACAAGCCAGUCUCCCCGGAGAAGAUCAAGGAACUAUACAAAAAGGGAGACGCCGUCAAGGCUAAAAUUAUCCGCGUUGAUGUAGGAAAGAGGAAGAUCAGUUUUAGCAUGAAGUACUCGGAUGUGUCGGGCGAUGCUGUUGAUGAAGAUGAAGAGAUGGUGGACCUCUCAGAUGAUUCUGCGGAUGACUCCGACGAUUCAAGCGAAGGUGGAAUUGACGUUGAAAUGGACGAAGAUGAGGACGAGGAUAUGCGAAGUGUGAAGAGCGUUGAUGACGAUAGCGAUUCCAUUGACGAGGAUGAAGAGAAUGCCGACUCCGAUUCUGACGAGCCUUCAGCGAAAGGCCUAACCACAUCUGGUUUUGACUGGACCGGUGCUGACUUGCAAUUUGAUGGCCACAAAGCUGCUGCGGAGGAAGACUCUGAGGAUAAUGCCGGCAAAAAGAAGAAGAAAAGCAAGAGGGCCACCAUCAAAGAGGAUCGUACUGGGGAUCUCGACGCAUAUGGCCCGCAGUCUGUUGCUGAUUAUGAACGACUUCUACUUGGACAACCCAACAGUGCCGAGCUUUGGGUCCGUUACAUGGUGUUCCAGCGCGAGUUGAACGAGAUCGAGAAGGCCCGACAGAUUGCUAGGCGCGCUCUAGCCACCAUGAACCCACGCGAAGAAAAGGAGAGAUUGGAUGUGUGGACUGCGCUGCUACAUCUUGAGAACGAUUUCGGUGGCGAUGAUGUUGUUGAUGAGACCUUCAAGGAGGCCUGCCAGAACAAUGAUGCCCGCGAAAUGCAUGAGCGCAUGAUCAAGAUUUACAUCUCAUCGGACAAGCUUGAUAAAGCAGACACACUCUAUCAAGCCAUGACAAAGAACAAGUCGUUCACCCCGGACCCUGCGCUUUGGCUAUCAUACGCUAGCUUCCUGAUGGGCACUCUCAGCCCUCCUUCACCAUCACGAGCCCGCGCGCUCCUGUCUCGAGCCACGCAAUCAGUACCCUCGCAGCAGCAUCAACAUCUUACGCAGAAAUUCGCGUCUCUGGAGUUCAAGUCUCCCAACGGAGAUGCUGAGCGUGGACGUACCAUUUUCGAAGGCCUAGUAAGCACAUGGCCUAAGAAGUGGGAUCUCUGGGAUGUAUAUCUAGCGCUGGAAAUGAGUCACGGCAGUGAGGAGAACGUGAGAGCAUUGCUCGAACGGAUGGUGAAGGCGAAGGGGUUGAAGAAGAGAAGAGCGGAUACUGUCUUCAAGAAAUGGCGAGAGUGGGAGGAGAAGAUUGGGAGCAAAGAGGGCGUGAAGAAAGCGCGUGCGGCGGAGAUCGAGUGGAAUGAGAAGAGAGAAGAAGAGUAGUUUGUGAAGCUUGUGUAUAGUGUAGCAUUGCACUGGCGUUUAAUGGUCACCCUAAAAGUGU